AAAGUUAUUUGUUUUAAAAUCUUAUUGUGUAGAGUGAAGCCGUUUGAGUGUUUUGUUUUAUUAUUUUUGUUAAAAGUGUAGAUAUUCACUCAAGAGAAAUGUUGAAAUUAUCAAUAAAAGAAGCAAUGAAGAUUGGGUUCAUUGGCGGUGGUAGAUUGGCGUUUGCAUUAGCCAAUGGAUUUAUAUCGGCAGGGCUAGCGAAGCCGGAUGAAAUCACAGCGAGCUGCCAUCCGGCUGAUGUGAUGAGUGCAGACGCAUUCAAGAAAUUGGGAGCAACAGCCCUCUUUGAUAAUAAGCCUGUAGUGGAGAGAUCUGAAGUGAUCAUUGUGUCCGUGAAGCCUGAUGUGGUCGGCAAGGCCCUUAUGGAGGUGAAGAACCUACAGGCGUCUAAUAACAAGCUCUUCAUAUCCGUGGCCAUGGGGGUGUCUACUGCCAGUAUUGAGAAGAUGCUACCGAGCGCCGCCCGUGUGAUCCGAGUGAUGCCCAACACUCCAGCGCUGGUGAAGCAGGGCGCCGCAGCUCUCUGUCGGGGAACUCUCACCACGGAUCAAGACGUCCAGCUCGCCACCAAGCUGUUCCAGGCGGUGGGAUCGUGCGAAGAAGUACCCGAGUACCAGAUGGACGCAGUCACAGCGCUCAGCGGCAGUGGACCCGCUUACGUGUACAUGCUAAUAGAAUCUUUAGCGGACGGGGGCGUCCGCUGCGGUCUGCCCCGAGAUUUGGCUCUGCGUCUGGCGACACAAACCACGCUCGGCGCGGCCGCCAUGUUGAAGGAGGGCGGACAUCCGGCCGCCAUGAAGGACAAUGUCACCAGCCCCGCAGGGUCAACGGCCGAGGGGACUUACCAUUUGGAAAAGAACGGUUUCCGUGCAGCAAUCAUCGGCGCUGUGAAAGCUGCGGAAGAAAGGUGCAAACAAGUAAACAAACAACUUUCGGAAAACUUUUAACGUAUUCUCAUAUGUAAAUAAGAUAAUAGAGA